GUAGAUCUACGACUUGCGCGGCGUUUGUUUUUUUGACUUGAGACUUGAGUCGAGUGUGAAAAAUGAAAGGUGAAAAAACUUCUUGAGUUGUCUUGAAUCAAUUUUUUCAAUUCUUUCUACAAAGUGCUCGCUUCUUGGUACAGUGUACCCCGAGGUACUGAUUUGCAAGCAGUUGAGUUAUGAGUAGGGAAUAUUUUGGAGGGGAAUGAUUCCAUCGGUGGCUGACUAAGUGAGUUUAGUGACGAUCCGGAAGGUGGCCUUUUCAAGAAAAGGCGAAGAAAGUGUGGAGAUAAUUAUUACUCAGGAGUUGACUCAUCAUGGCGAAGUACCAGCCAAGAUGUUACUUGGAUAUCCACAUCGACAACCAGCCUGCUGGCCGUGUUGUUGUGGAGCUGUACUCAGACAUGUGCCCGAAAACUGCGGAAAAUUUUCGCUGUUUGUGCACUGGCGAGAAAGGCGAAGGUCCGUACACUCAAGUGCCACUGCACUAUCGUGGCUCUCCAUGCCAUCGUGUCGUCAAGAACUUCAUGGUCCAGGCGGGUGACUUCAUCAACGGUGACGGCACUGGCGGAGAAUCGAUCUACGGGCGUACUUUCCCAGAUGAAAACUUCACCUACAAGCACGAUCGUCCGUUCCUGCUGUCCAUGGCCAACCGAGGUCCCAACACCAACAGCUCUCAGUUCUUCAUCACAACACAACCAGCUCCGCAUCUUGACGGGAUUCACGUCGUGUUCGGACAGGUUCUUGUCGGCCAUGACGUUGUACGCAACAUUGAGCAACUUCAGGUAAACAAACGCAGUCGACCCACUGUCCAAGUGGUCAUAGCCAACUGUGGCCAGCUUGUCCUGGCGAAGAAAGCAGCAUCAGAUAAGAAAGCAUCCUCCAAGAAGAAACGCUCUGCACCGGCCAGCAGCAGUGAGAGCAGCAGCGGCAGCGAUAGCGAUUCCAGCGACUCUGGCUCUUCCUCCAGCGGGUCGUCAUCCUCCGAGUCUGAAUCGGAGAGGGCGCGGCGCAAGCUGAAGAAAAAGAAAGCGCAGAAGCGAGCGGAGCGCAAGGAACGUCGAGCGCGGAGAAAGAAGCGCAAGCUGAAGAAAUUGAAGAAGUCGAAGAAGAAGGCGGAAAAGGCGAAAGACAGAAAGUCUUCGCCGGACGAUGAGGAGAAGCCAGCCGCUCUUGAAGUGCUGGAUCCGUACGUGGUCGGUGUAGCGCCACCAGAAGACAUCCCAUCGUCGUCGACCUGGCUGCUUCGUAGAAGCCGUACGCCCAGUCCGGUCCGCGAGAAGCGUGAGAAGGAGAGAGAAGAGGCCAAGCAAUCCAAGUCUAAAGACAAGCGAAGGCAUCGCGGAGACUCUGCCAGUGACAGGUCUGACAGUGAAGAUGACAAGAGAGGAGAUCGAGCAGCGGGCAGCGGGGAACGACAGUACGGUUACAAGCGUGAAUACACGUCGCGGACGGGAAGGGUGUCGCGGUCCGGUCAUCGCCUGAAGGGAAGAGGCACGAUGCGGUACCGCACACCGUCUCCAGUUGGCGGUGAGUCGUCGAGCCAUCGGCACCCUCCUCCCGCCCAGGGAGACCUGCGCGAUCGGCUGAAUCGCAGUCGCAACGCUCGCCGCCAGCGUUCCAGCGAGGAGCCACGGAGGUCCGGCGAUGCCGCCGUCCAAACCGAGCAGCGCGAGCGCAGUCACAGCCGUUCACCGCGUCGUCGAUCCAGGUCUCCGCUGGAGCAGCGUAGCUCACCGCCGCCACAGGCACGUGGUGACAGCGAGUCAACAAGUGAAGCACAGCCGGAGAACGGCGACAACACCGAGGCAACCAAGGAAGCGUCUACUACUACUGCUGCUGCUGCUGGUAGCGUUGCUAACGGAUCUGCUGAAGCCACGCAGACAGUGCGGGAAUGGGAUCAGGGCAAGUCGCCGGUUCGUUCUCGUCGCAGCCGCACUCGCAGUCGGUCUCCAGCUCGUCGUAGCCGUAGUCGGUCACCAGAUCACCAUGGCUACCGCUCACGUCGCAGUCGUGGUGACGAUCGUCGCCGCGGUGACAGCCGCAGUCCCGAGCGUCGCCGAGAUCGCUACCGUCGUCGAUCGCGCAGCAGAGACAGGUCCGAGCGGGAUCGUCGGGGCGGUCGCCGUGACAACGUCCUGUCGCGCCUGGACCGGCCGGGCCAGCAGCUGGAGAGCCGGUUUGAACGCGGCCGCCGCCAGUCACCGGACGCUGGUCGCGACGAUGACCACCACCACAGCGGGCGCCUGAACAAGUGGAGCGACGACGACGCCAGGAAAAGCAAGAACGAAGGCCGCAAGGAGCGCUCCGCUCGGUUUCGCUCACGUUCUCCCUCACCAGCCAAGAAGAAGAGGGACAGGCGAUGGGGACGCGACAACAACAACACUAGUGAUUCAGAUUCCGAAUAGAAUAGUAAGCCGAAACGUUUUCUGGGGCAACGCGGAGAAAGGCUACGAUCGGCUUUUCUUCCUUUUGCCCUUCAUGUAGUUUUGGUCUUGCUUAUCGAUUGUCUACUGUGCAUGUAGCCAUGUUGCUCUGAUAGCUGUAUUCUAGUGACAUACUGACAUUCUGACAUUUUCCCAUGAGCACACAUUGUGAUUUGUCAAUGGGACGGUGCCGUGCACGACUUGUACGACUGUGACCGUUGCACCGUUCUCACUAUCGUUGAGGCUAUCUCUGUCUCUACCUGUCUCUGUUUGUCUCUGUCUCUCUUUCUGUCUCUGUCUCUGUCUCUCUCCGUCUCUGUCUCUCUCUCUCUCUCUCUCUCUCUCUCUCUCUCUCUCUCUCUCUCUCUCUCUCUCUCUCUCUCUCUCUCUCUCUCUCUGUCUCUGUCUCUGUCUCUCUCUCUGUCUCUCUCUCUCUCUCUCUCUCUCUCUCUCUCUCUCUCUCUCUCUCUCUCUCUCUCUCUCCCUGUGCUUCCGCUGUGCUUGUGUGAAGUAACAGGUAUAGUCUGUAGCGAGGGAAGUAAUAGUUGUAUCAAAUCAUUACUAUUGAUAAUAAGAUUGAUAGCAGCAUUCAGGUCGUGUA